GAUAAACAGUUCCGAGGGCUGACCCGUGACUGUCUCUUACCACCCGCUUGGGGAUCCGCAGCUCCUGGAAAGCGACUCUCUUGUGACGGAUGUUUGAGACUGGCGGAGUGGCACAGAGAUGGAGGGGUUUGUGCAAAGCGAGGACCUCCUCAUGAGUGACGUGGAACCCCUCCCGGCCUCCCUGCCCGGCUCGGCGCCCCCCACCCCCUCUGCGUCUCUCUGCCCGAAGGGCCGGGACGCAGUGCUGGAGUCCGGCCGGCAAAACCUGACCCAGUCCUGGCCGCCCAGCCCUUACUCCGCCUCCUCUGGGGAGGUCACGGCCAGGCUGCUCUCCUCCCUGCAGAGGAGCCGAGAGGCGGAAGGACACAGCGGCCGAGUCCGGUCUGUCCCAAGUGACCCGGCGCCUUCGGACGUGUCCCGUGAACCGUGUGCUUGGACACGCCCCUCACUGGGCUCGUCCAGUCGGGCUCUGCCAGGGUCGUCGUUGGCCUCGCUCGCGGCCGGCCCCGCUGUGUGCGUGGAGAGAUCGGGCGAGGCUCUGCCCUCUUCUGCUCCGGUUUCCAGUGCUGCUGCCUCUGGGUUCUGUGGCCAGCCCCAGGUGCGUGCUGUUAGGAGCGGCCAGCUCGUUGUCGGGGGCGACCUGGAGUUGCUGGCCAGGGAGAUGGAGCAGAAGCUGCAGGUUGGGGUGGAGACCAGCUCUGCAAUGGUUAAGAAUGGAACCCGGUGCAUUUCGGACAUGGAGACGGUGCGCUGCCACCUGCAGACCAUCCUGAAGGGUUCUGGAGACCCACCCAGCAGGGGCUCCCUCGGUCCGGUUUCACUGGCUCUGCUAGCCGACUCGAUGCAGGAGGAGGGAGGUGAUGACGAGGGCUCAUUUGAAAGCAGCAGCACAGCCAGCCUGCUCAAUGCCAGACCCCUGCAGGAGGAGUCGCCGCCCCCCCUGUCGGUCAGCGGACUGGAGGACCUCUUCCCUCGGUACAGCCGGCUCCACGCGGACAGGCCCGGCGCGCCCAUCCACCCCUCCUCCUCUUCGGGUCAGAUCCUGAGGGACAGUGUGGAGAAGGAGAGGACGAGACGCAGGCACUGUGAGAAACAGAUACAAAAUCUUCACAACAAGACCCUGGAGCUCCAGCAGCAGCUGGCUCUCGCCGUGUCAGCCGACAGGAAGAAGGACAUCAUGAUCGAACAGCUGGACAAGACUCUGGCCAAGGUGGUGGAAGGGUGGAAGAAACACGAGGAGGAGAAAAACGACGCCAUGAAGAGACUGCAGGAGGAGAAGGAGGCUGCAGAGAGGGCCCAGGGUAAACAGCAGAAGAUGCUGCUUCAGUUUGAGGAGAGCCUGUCUCAGGCUGUGGAGGCCAUGGCAUUGGAGCAGAAGCAGGGAGCGUGCCUGCAGAAAGAGAAGCUGCUUCUGGCGGAGGAGCUGGCCGGCUUGCAGAGGCAGUUGGAGGAGCAGAGGCAGCGAGGCCGGGCCCUGCAGGCGGAGCUGGAGGAGGCUGGGAGAGCCAGGCUGCUGGCGGAGAGGCAGGGGGAGGCGGUGAGAGACACGCUGGGGGAGCAGAGGGACGCCUGGGCCGGGAGAGAGAGGGAGCUGGAGGAACGGCUGGCCCAGCAGGAGAAGGACUUCAGCAGGCAGCUCGAGGCAGAAAAGGAGAGACGAGAGCGGGAGAGCCAGCGUGUCCAGGACUCCCAACAAGUCCUGCUGUCUGUCCAAGCGGAGGUCCAGCGGCUGGAGACAGAGCUGGACGCUGCACAGAGGGACAGGGACACCUUGCGCAUGGAGAUGAGCCUGGCUGAGGCUCGGUUUGAAACUCAGAAGUUGAAGAUGGAGUCUGAGUUGAAGAUCUCUCUGGAGCAGCAGGUGACUGAGAGACUUGCUUUCCUGCACCAGGAGCACGCAGAGCAGGCCUCCGCGCUAAGAGAACAGCACAGAAAGCAGAUCACGGAGCUGAGCGCUCACCACCAAAGCGAGCUGUCCGAUCAGCUGGCCCAGUUCAGGGCGGAGCUGCAGGAGAGAGAGGCGAGGCAUCGGCGAAUCACGGAGGAGUAUGAAAUGAGGCUGGUCAAAAACCAGGAGGAGAUUUCGGAGCUGCAGGCUGGGCAGAGGAAAGCAGAGUCUCAGAGAGCAGACCUGAUCAAUCGAUUGCAGAGCAUGAUGCAGUCUCACUGGAACGAGGUUAAAUAA